AUGGAGAUGUGCACUGAUGGUUUAAUAGCAGCAGACGAGGCUCAAAGGCUCACUGUCUUACCGUCCUAUGUUCCAAAGCAGCCCGGUAAUUCUAGCAAUUCACGUAGACGUGGAAGGGCAGGGGGGCGCGGAAAACAAAGAGGUACGACAACAACAACUAAUGUUGCAGAGAGUCCUUCGACGGAGGAUGCGAAUCCAGAUGUGGUAUCUCCGAUGGAGGAUGCGAAUCCAGAUGUGGUAUCUCCGAUGGAGGAUGCAAAUCCAAAUGUGGAGCCCGAUUGUGGUACAAGUACCGGAGUUAUGGGUGGAAAUUUGAAUGAUGAAGCACAGUUUGGUAUGGGUUCAUCACCGUGUGAUGAUGUUCCAGGAUCACACUAUUUCCAUAAUCAAAUUGUGAUUUACAAUGCAAAAAGUUCUCCAAUGGAGGAUGCGAAUCCAGAUUUGGUCCCUCAGAUGGAGGAUGCAAAUCUAGAUGUGGUCCCUCCGAUGGAGGAUGCGGAUCCAGAAGUGGUUUCUCCCAUGGAAGAUGUGAAUCUAGAUAUGGAUUACAGAUCCAGUCAAAUCGUGAUUUACAAUGCUCAACCAUUGCGUCAGUUUGCUAAUGAUGAUGUUGGGUAUGCCUCUCCUCCUGAGCAAGUUGAAUCUAUGAAUGAUGACCUCGAAGAACAAGUUUUCUCUUUCCGAGGUUCGACAGUUUCCACCUCAUUGCCAUCAACUCCAAUUCCUUCAUUACCACAGAUUCCUAUUCCACAGAUUCCUAUUUCAUGGCCUGAAGAUGGAACACUAACCUUAGGUUGGGUUACAAACUUGAUGUUAGCUUUCAAUUGGGCGUCCUGGAAUCUUCCUCCAUCACAUUUCCCAUUAGUUUUACCAGUAGAGACGUUCGAUCACCUUAUACUGAUGGCGUCGGAGCUCUUGCACAAAGAGCCAAAUUGUGUGAAGAUAGAUGGUUUGGGUCCAAAUUCGAAGGUUGUUGUGGUUGGAGAAGUGCAUGGGCAACUUCAUGAUCUGUUAUUCUUGUUGAGGGAUGUGGGUUUUCCCUCCAAAGAUCAGUACGUAGUGUUCAAUGGGGACUAUGUUGACAAAGGUGCUUGGGGUUUGGAAACCUUCUUUCUCUUGCUGGCUUGGAAGGUUUUGAUGCCAGGUAGGGUGUUUCUUCUUCGUGGAAAUCAUGAGUCCAAAUAUUGCACCGCAAUAUAUGGUUUCCAAAAAGAGGUUACAACCAAAUAUGGAGAUGAGGGGAAACAUGUCUACGAGAGAUGUUUAGGAUGCUUUAAAGAGCUUCCUCUUGCCUCUAUCAUUGGCAAUAGAGUGUAUACUGCACACGGUGGUGUUUUCCGCAAUAUCUCAGCCAUUCCAUAUAAAAGAGCCGAAGGGAAGAAGAGUCGCAAGAUAGUUGCCGAUCGUGAUUCAAGCGACUUACGCCUUGGUUCUUUGAAGGAGCUACAAAAGGCUAGAAGAUCUGUACUUGAUCCUUCUCCGGAUGGGACAAAUGUGAUACCGGGUGAUGUCAUGUGGUCAGACCCCCAAAUGGAGAAUGGACUGUCCCUGAAUAAGGGAAGAGGAAUUGGGCUUAAAUGGGGUCCUGAUUGUACUGAAGAUUUUCUUCAGAAAUUCAACUUAAAGUUGAUUAUAAGGUCACAUGAAGGUCCAGAUGCUAGGGAAAAGAAUCCCGAACUUGGAAAGAUGGACAAAGGGUACAAUAUAGAUCAUGAAGUCACAUCCGGGAAAUUGAUCACACUGUUUAGUGCUCCAGACUAUCCACAGUUUCAGGCAACAGAGAAUAGGUACGGAAAUGAAGGAGCUUACAUUGUUUUGGAACCUCCUAAUUUUGACAACCCUUCUUUCCAUUGCUUCAAAGCAGUUUUGCCAAGACCAAAGGUGGAUGCGUACUAUGAUUAUGUAAAUGAAGCUGAUUCUGAUGAGGAGCUAGAUUUGUCAUCUAUGGUGACAUGA